CCUGCCUCUCCGAGUCCGCGGUCUGCAGGCAGAGCCGGACGCCACUAGGCGCCUCUUCGAGGCGACUUCUGCUCCUGUGGCUGCGCGCCCAGCCCGGGCUUGCGCUGAAGUUGGGGAGCCAAGAGGAUCCUCCAGGGGUGUCUCGCCCCGGCCCUGGCCACACCUCGGGCUGGCAAGCCACGUGUGUCCGCCUCCGACCCUCAGCAGAGGCGUCCUAGGAGCUGAAAGUGUGCGGGACCCUUGUCCGCCCGAGACUGUCCGUUCCGCUGGAACUUUCUCUGAAUAAGAGGCCUCCUCUUUGGUGCUGAAGUCACAACCCCUUCCUCCUUCCUCCCACCCUUCCCUUGCUCCAUCAGCCUGAGGGCACCGGAGGCGCAGAGGGCUGAAGAUGAAGAGAUAGCCUUGGAGGCCCGAGGAAAAUGAGUCUGACGCCCCUGUUGCAGCUGGCGCUGCUUCUCGCCCUGCCCAGGAGCCUCAGGGGGAAAGGGUGUCCGUCUCCGCCCUGCGAAUGCCACCAGGAGGACGACUUCAGAGUCACCUGCAAGGAUAUCCACAGCAUCCCCCCCUUACCACCCAAUACUCAGACACUAAAGUUUAUAGAGACUCAUCUGAAAACCAUCCCCAGUCGUGCAUUUUCAAAUCUGCCCAAUAUUUCCAGGAUCUACCUGUCAAUAGAUGCAACUCUACAGCAGCUGGAAUCACAGUCCUUCUACAAUUUGAGCAAAAUGACUCACAUAGAGAUUCGGAAUACCAGAAGCUUAACGUACAUAAACCCUGGUGCCCUAAAAGAUCUCCCCCUUCUAAAGUUCCUUGGCAUUUUCAACACUGGACUUAGAAUAUUCCCAGACCUGACCAAAGUGUAUUCCACUGAUGUAUUCUUCAUACUUGAAAUUACAGACAACCCUUACAUGACAUCAAUCCCUGCGAAUGCUUUUCAGGGCCUGUGCAACGAAACCUUGACACUGAAACUAUACAACAAUGGCUUUACUUCAGUCCAAGGACAUGCUUUCAAUGGGACAAAGCUGGAUGCUGUUUACCUGAACAAGAAUAAAUACCUGACAGUUAUUGACAAAGAUGCAUUUGGAGGAGUUUUCAGUGGACCAACCUUGCUGGAUGUCUCUUAUACCAGUGUUACUGCCCUGCCACCCAAAGGCCUGGAACACCUGAAGGAACUGAUAGCAAGAAAUACUUGGACUCUAAAGAAACUUCCACUGUCCUUGAGUUUCCUUCACCUCACACGAGCUGACCUUUCUUAUCCAAGCCACUGCUGUGCUUUUAAGAAUCAGAAGAAGAUCAGAGGAAUCCUUGAGUCUUUAAUGUGUAAUGAGAGCAGUAUUCGGAGCCUGCGUCAGAGAAAAUCUGUGAAUGCUGUAAAUGGUCCCUUUUACCAAGAAUAUGAAGAGGAUCUGGGCGACAGCAGUGUUGGGAAUAAGGAAAACUCCAAGUUCCAGGAUACCCAUAGCAACUCCCAUUACUACGUCUUCUUUGAAGAACAAGAGGAUGAGAUCAUUGGUUUUGGCCAAGAGCUCAAAAACCCCCAGGAAGAGACCCUCCAGGCCUUUGACAGCCAUUACGACUACACCGUGUGUGGGGGCAGUGAAGACAUGGUGUGCACCCCCAAGUCAGAUGAGUUCAACCCCUGUGAAGACAUAAUGGGCUACAGGUUCCUGAGAAUCGUGGUGUGGUUCGUUAGCCUGCUGGCUCUCCUGGGCAAUGUCUUUGUCCUGGUCAUCCUCCUCACGAGCCACUACAAACUGACGGUCCCACGCUUUCUCAUGUGCAACUUGGCCUUUGCAGAUUUCUGCAUGGGGAUGUAUCUGCUCCUCAUUGCCUCGGUGGACCUCUACACUCAGUCUGAGUACUACAACCAUGCCAUCGACUGGCAGACAGGUCCCGGGUGCAACACGGCUGGUUUCUUCACCGUCUUUGCCAGCGAGCUGUCAGUGUACACACUAACAGUCAUCACUCUGGAGCGCUGGUAUGCCAUCACCUUCGCCAUGCGCCUGGAUCGCAAGAUCCGCCUCAGGCACGCCUACACCAUCAUGGCUGGCGGCUGGGUUUGCUGCUUCCUGCUCGCCCUGCUGCCUUUGGUGGGGAUAAGCAGCUAUGCUAAGGUCAGCAUCUGCCUGCCCAUGGACACUGAGACUCCUCUUGCCCUGGCGUAUAUUAUCCUUGUUCUGCUGCUCAACAUAGUUGCCUUUACCAUCGUCUGCUCCUGUUACGUGAAGAUCUACAUCACAGUCCGAAAUCCCCAGUAUAACCCGGGAGACAAAGACACUAAAAUUGCCAAAAGGAUGGCUGUGUUGAUCUUCACUGACUUCAUGUGCAUGGCCCCGAUCUCCUUUUACGCCCUCUCAGCACUUAUGAACAAGCCUCUCAUCACUGUCACCAACUCCAAAAUCUUGCUCGUUCUCUUCUACCCACUUAACUCCUGUGCCAACCCGUUCCUCUAUGCCAUUUUCACCAAAGCCUUCCAGAGGGAUGUGUUUAUCCUGCUCAGCAAGUUCGGCUUCUGUAAACGCCAGGCUCAGGCAUACCGGGGUCAGAGAGUGUCUCCAAAGAACAGCACUGGUAUUCAGGUCCAAAAGGUUACCCAAAACAUGAGGCAAAGUCUCCCCAACAUGCAGGAUGACUAUGAACUGCUUGAAAACUCGCAUCUAACCCACAAAAAGCAUGACCAAAUUUCAAAGGAGUAUAAGCAAACAGUUUUGUAAGCUGACAGUGGUAGGGGGACUUAGGCUGGUGUCUUAGGAGCAUGCAUUCCAACCACUGACAUACUCAACACACAGCUGACCUAACCCUUCUGCAGGUAAUGUUCAUCUCUGGAGGGGGACUAGCACUAACCUAGUCAUCACCUCCAAGACGAAAGAGAGGCUACCAGCAUGUCUGAAUCCCAGGUGAUAGCAAAGUAAUCUAUACUCUCUGGGAGAUUUGCUAGAUGCUAAAUGCAACAAUGGCAUCAUAUAAAAUGCUUAAUAAGUAUCAGCUGAGUCAUGUUGACAUUGAGCUUUCACACUUAUAUGUAACAUUUUGUAUUAAAGAUUCAGUAAAUAGCCCAUGCUGUUGACUUGGUUGUUGACCACCAAAUAAAACUGGCUUCAUGUUGGCUCAGUUCAACUUCAUGUUCCCUGUUACAACCCAAGAGAGUUUGAGUUCCUUGAAACUAAAGAGUCAAACAGGACAUCAAGCAAGGAACAGCUGUUUUGAGACAUGAAGGAGGGCAAAGGCUUAGCUUUGAGGUUUUUUCUUUUUUUCUGACUCUGAAACUCAAUCAUCUCUUCACAAGAAUCUACCUGAUGUGACCCAACUGUUAAUGUGUUGCCUGGAAAAACUGGCAAAAUUUCAGCUGCUGUGGCUGAGCAAAUGAAGAAUUGCUCUUCCUGGCCAGUCUUCUGGCAUUAAAGAUGUGAACUCUAGAAAGUAUUUCUAAAUAGUGACAAGUGGGAAUUAUGAGUGGGGCACACUAGAUAACCCGCUGAUUAAUAAAGCAGGCUGAACAUCAGUUUACUGUUGAACCUUGGGCAAAUUACUGGGCCUUUAAAGUCUGUAGAAAUGAAAGAGUGUGACGGCCUCUUCCAGUUUUAAAACUCCAUGUAGAUCCCUUUCCUUCAAAACAUAUGUUGCCAUGACAAAGAGAACGAAAAAUAAUAAGGAAGCAGAGUCUGUUUUUCCUAUCCUGUAGAGCUGCCAUCUCCUUUUCUUUGGAGCCUAGACAUAUGACCCAGGAAACUUUUUCUUUGUUUCAGUUUUGGUUGCGAUUUCUGAACCAUAAAUUCUAUCGAGCGACCACACUGGGCUGGAUCUGAAUCACUCAUUGAAUUAUUAGAUCUAUAAACCUAUAUUUAUCAGGCCCAAAACAGAUCGAUAUUCAUACAAAGGAAUAAAAGGUAGUUUUACAAAUGCUAUAAAUUUAGUUCCUACUUCUCUCUGCAGAUCCACUUGAAAUAUUUAACUUGUCUUCAGGGAUUGGUUUCUUUACUCAGCCACUUCUGACCCACAAUACAAUACAAUACUAAGGCAAUCAAGAGAGAUUUCUUCUGAAACUGUCAGCUCUUUCCAUCCUUGCUGACCACUGGACACAAAAUCUCUAUUCCUCAACAGUGCUCCCUUACUUAAAAUGGUCAGGAUUUUUAUCUAUGGAUGUAAUCUCCAGGUUCUCUGUCAAUGUAGCCCUUUAAUUUCAUCCCAAGCUGAGACGACAUUUGCUUCUCAGUGCUCAUGAGCCACAGUAUUUGUUAAUACUGUGAAUUAAAAGCUUUUUUCAAGUCUGUGGAGUGGGGUUAAUGGGCUCAGAGAUGGUGACCCUGAUUCAUCUGGAAUUUCUCAAUAGCCAAACCCUUUCCUGAUUAUCAUUGAGACAUGGAUAUCUUAGUAGAAGUAUUAUAACACCUAAAAUUGUGACUUAUCCACCAGUUCACUUGUAACUAAUGAAAGUAAACAAAUGUGCAACCUUUGACAUGUGUUUCUCAUCUGUGACAUUUUGUGAAAUAUCACAUCUUGAUAAAUAAUGUGUUUUAUCUUGAAUAGUAGAAAUAAUGCUUUAGAAAUAGUCCUAGAAAACUGUUGCUAAAAUCUGCAUUUGCAACAUGAAGUAAAUUUUCUUCCUAUGAAAUGA